AGAGGUGGUAUCGCGAACUCUCGCCGUCGUCGCCAUAGUGGAAAUGGCGGGUAUUAGCUUACGUGAAUGACGACGACCGUGCUCCCGAGAGCUUAUUGUCGCACAAUCGCGAGAGAAUCGAGUAUACGGUGUGUGGCUACGUCGUGGUACGGUUAUACCAGCGCGGUGUAACUGUGUGUCAUAUGAUUUAUCUGGGGGGUAAAGAUGCAGAAUGUAGCACAAGGAACGACCUCGGAUAGCCAGAAAAGCCACGAGAAGCAGUCCGCAUCAGCAGCGGCGGCGGCGGCAACGGCAGCGGCACCACCACCACCGCCACCAUCAUCGUCAUCGGCGAGGAUUCACCACGAUACGGGGAAGACGUCGACUCCCCAGUCCUCGAAUUCGAGCCCGACGAAAUCGGAGACCGAGACCUUCUCGGAAUUGCAGCCGCGCUUUAUGACAGAUUCGUCGGAGAGCGAGGAGGACAGCGUUUCCGAGGUGGAGUGUUUUGCAAUUGAUCAGGUUGAGUUGGACGAAGAUCAUCCUGAAUCGUCAAAAUUCUUACUGACUCCUGAGGAUCCUGAACGAUCUGUGGACCCUGAAACUCAAGCGCGCCUCGAGGCACUCCUCGAAGCAGCCGGCAUUGGGAAACUGUCCUCGGGUGAUGGGAAGCACCUGCCCGAUCACGAGGUGCUUCGUCGAUUAACAUCGAGUGUUUCUUGUGCAUUGGAUGAAGCUGCGGCAGCAUUAACACGUAUGCGUAGUGACAAUCCGCGUGCGCCGAACGAAAAGCGCUCUCUCGUCGAGGCGUGCACCGACGGAGACGUCGGUACCGUUCGGAAAUUGUUAACCGAGGGUCGAAGUGUUCACGAGACCACCGAGGAGGGAGAAAGUUUGCUUUCUUUAGCUUGCUCAGCUGGUUACUACGAACUUGCUCAGGUACUUUUGGCAAUGAAUGCUAAUGUAGAAGAUCGUGGCAUCAAAGGGGACUGCACUCCUUUGAUGGAAGCCGCUAGUGCAGGACAUGUAGAUAUCGUGACUUUACUGAUUGCACAUGGGGCAGAUGUUAAUGCUCAGUCUACAUCUGGUAAUACUCCUCUUAUGUACGGAUGUGCUGGUGGACAUGAAGAAGUUGUACGAGUUUUAUUAGAAGCAGGCGCCAAUGUUGAAGAUCACAACGAGAAUGGCCAUACUCCUUUGAUGGAAGCCGCGAGCGCUGGGCAUGUUCAAGUUGCCAAGAUCUUACUUGAUCAUGGUGCCGGCAUCAAUACUCAUUCCAAUGAAUUUAAAGAAUCUGCAUUAACAUUGGCUUGUUAUAAAGGACAUUUGGAGAUGGUACGCUUUUUAUUGGAAGCCGGAGCUGAUCAGGAACAUAAAACUGAUGAAAUGCAUACAGCUUUAAUGGAAGCAUCUAUGGAUGGUCACGUCGAAGUUGCCCGUUUACUUUUAGAUUCAGGUGCCCAAGUAAAUAUGCCAACAGACAGCUUUGAAUCGCCAUUAACUUUAGCUGCGUGCGGUGGUCAUGUAGACUUAGCAAUGCUUCUGAUUGAACGUGGAGCAAACAUUGAAGAAGUUAAUGAUGAGGGUUAUACACCAUUGAUGGAAGCAGCACGUGAAGGUCACGAAGAAAUGGUCGCUUUACUUUUAAGCCAAGGUGCGAACAUCAAUGCCCAAACUGAGGAAACUCAGGAAACAGCACUUACUUUGGCUUGUUGCGGUGGAUUUUUGGAAGUUGCCGAUUUUUUAAUCAAAGCGGGAGCGGAUAUUGAGUUAGGUGCAUCCACUCCUCUAAUGGAAGCUGCACAAGAGGGACACUUAGAUCUUGUCCGAUAUUUACUAGAAUCCGCGGCAGAUGUUCACGCUCAGACACAAACUGGAGAUACGGCGUUGACAUAUGCGUGCGAGAAUGGUCAUACCGAUGUUGCUGAUCUUUUAUUGCAAUUUGGCGCUGAUCUAGAACAUGAAUCAGAAGGAGGCAGAACUCCUCUAAUGAAAGCAUGUAGAGCAGGUCAUAUGUGCACAGUUCAAUUUCUCAUCUCGAAGCGUGCCGAUGUGAAUCGACAAACAACAAACAAUGAUCAUACACCACUGUCCUUGGCGUGCGCUGGUGGCCAUAUUACAGUAGUUGAACUACUACUCUCACAAUCCGCGAAUCCAUUUCACAAGCUAAAGGACAACUCUACGAUGCUGAUAGAGGCGGCAAAAGGUGGCCACACCGCUGUUGUUCAAUUGUUACUCGAUUAUCCUCAUAGCAUUAUGAUGAGUGCUCCUCAUAGUGCUGCACCUGCCCCUAUGUUAUUACCACAGCAACAGUCACAACAACAACAACCUCAGUUGCAACAGCAAUCGCAACAACAGCCGCAGCAACAGCAACAGCAGCAUAUAAGUCAUCAACAACAUGUACCUCAUCCUCAAACAUCUACGCAACCACAGCAACAUCCACAACAGCAACAACAGCAAACGGCUGAGCAACAACAAGCUCAAAAUCUUCAACCUAAGCACAAUACACAAAAAUCAUUAUUGAGAAAAAAUCGAUCAGUGACCAUGAUACCUGAUAUAGGCCUUACUUCUGCCGAAGCGCAACAAGUUCGCUCACAGCCCGCAGGAGAAUCGACUACUAUUACCAAGGAUGAUACCAAUAUUCUCGACAAAGGCAGUGGAGGUUUUACAAGUUUGUCAGAACCUAAUAUUAGUCUUAGUCCAACACCAGCAGCAUCAACGCAAAUGACACAUGUCAGUGAAAGUCGGAAAACUAGACAAGAGCAAAUUCUUCAUAAGCAACAAAUACUUGAAGAACUACAAAGGGUAGAACGCGAACUGCAAAUUAAAGGAGCAGGACAUUUGUUUCCUGGUCCACGGAAUUCAAUUAUAAAUCAAUCUCAACAGCAGCAACAACAACAGCAACAGGAUUCCAGUGAGACAGAGGCAUUACUCCCGGGCAUGUUGAAUAUUGAUUUGCCAACUCAGUCAACAUCUCCUCAUGGUUUAGUUUGCAGUACAACCGGCAUGUCUAGCACUUCAUUGACGUACCAAGGAAAUAACGAUGCAGCACUGAUGUGUAGCGCUUAUCUUGACGGCAAGAUAAUAGGAAUGCAAGCUGCACAGUUCCAAAAAUCGUUUUCCGUGGCUCCAACUGUUUCGGAAACGUUUUCCACAAAUACAUUUCCUUCCUCACCUCCUCUGUCUCUUACACCAUUACCUAUUACGACCACCACUGCAUCACUAAUCAGUGUUGCAUCGACAACCACGUCGAGUUCAUCAAGCAUUUCUACUCCUCCAACCGUUAUAGCUGUUUCCCAAUCGCCUAUCACUGCGAGCAGCGACGUUAGCCAAAAUACUGCUAUAAGUGAUCGUCCGAAAGCCAAGCCUGUAUCUAAGAAAGAAGGGAAGAACGUACGUAAGGCCACGUCAAGCAUGGGGAUGGCAAAAUUGCAACAAACACAGGCAACCAUAAUGGCAGGACUACAUCAACAAUAUCAACAGAAACAACGGCAACAUCCUUCCUAUCAAGUGCAACAGGUUCAGCAGUUACAGCAACUUAACCAACAAUUGCAGCUUCAGUUGGAUCAAGUACAGAUACAACAGCAAUCGCAACAACCGCAAUCGCAACCGCAACAAUCUCACCAACAAACUCAUUCGCAACAACAAACCAAUAUAGUUGCUAACAGUACAGGUAUACUUAUGCCUACUCAAUUGAUGUCUCAUCUUCACCCGGUGCAUCAUCAUUUGCAUAGCCAGCCAACAGCGCAAGAAAAUCUUCCUGAGCAGGCUGAUUCUGAGCUAACGCGAAAGUACAGAGAAAGCGCUUGCACAUUUUUUGGCCCUCAGAAAUCUAAAACUUUCUCUCCUAACGAAAGAGUGUUGAAAUUGGAAGACGGAACGGAUAUUCCUAUCGAUGAUGCGUUUGAAAUUUUUCGUUCCAUUAGUUUCGACGACGCAGUUGACACGACAGAAGAUCGAAAGCUCGAGUUGAAAAGAUUGGAUGUAUCAAGUAAUAAGGAACAACAGCAAACGCAACAACAGCAGCAUUUGCAUACUACUCAAAUAGUUCAGCAAAGUGGAAGUCCUCAUGGAUCUCCAGAAUAUUUUACACCCGUAUUGUCAGUCCCUUCAGUUUCUAUACCAACCUUACCGUCGUUGCAAGUGACCAGCGCUGGCGUUCAAAUAGAGGCAGACAUAUCAGCGGGCUUACAAUUAACAAGUACGCAACCCUUACAAAAUCCGACUCUAAAGAACCGUCUGAGAGCUUUCGAAGAAGGUUUCCGGCAGGGUAGUAUACAUUUUCGUGAAUGUAUGCAACAUAUUAGCAGCGAUACUUUUCAACCUCAAUUAUUACUUCAGUCUUCUCCUAUAACAUUUCCUCCCCAAGCAUUACCGCAGAGUGGAGCAACGGGAAUAAUAGAUACUAUACCUUCUCAUCAGUCGAGCAAUUAUGUGCAAUCCACAACUUGCAGCACUAAUCAAGUUCAAGUUGCUACCCAGACUCAAGCACCCGCUACUACAACAACCGCAAACGUUGCUACCUCUGAUAAAAAACAGGUGUAUACUGCACCAACACCUGGAAAGGGCAAAAAAGCUAGAUAUCCUCUCCUAUCCCAACAACAGUCUUGCCAGCAACAACAAACUGCCAAUGCUCAACAAACUCCUAAUUUUCCUGCACAAAACUAUCAACUGGAUCCGGCAACAGGUGUUCCAACAGUCGGAGGAGGAUAUGCGUCCAAUCAAGUUCCACCCGCUCCAUUUUCAUGUAUGGACGUUGAUUCAGAAACCGAUAGUAAUCAUGACACAGCACUAACUUUGGCUUGUGCAGGAGGGCAUGAAGAUCUUGUAGAACUUCUUUUGAGUCGUGGAGCAGAUAUAGAACAUAGAGAUAAAAAGGGAUUUACGCCACUUAUUUUGGCCGCAACGGCUGGUCAUCAAAAAGUAGUCGAGAUUCUACUCAAUCAUGGAGCUGAUAUAGAAGCACAGUCAGAACGUACCAAGGAUACACCAUUGUCUCUCGCAUGCAGUGGAGGGAGAUAUGAAGUAGUUGAGCUUUUGCUUAAUCGUGGUGCAAAUAAAGAACAUCGCAAUGUUUCUGACUAUACACCUUUAAGUUUGGCUGCAUCCGGUGGUUAUGUGAAUAUAAUAAAGCUUCUAUUGGGCCAUGGUGCCGAAAUUAAUUCACGUACUGGUUCGAAACUGGGUAUAUCUCCAUUGAUGCUUGCUGCAAUGAAUGGUCAUACUGCGGCAGUCAAAUUACUAUUGGAUAUGGGCAGUGAUAUUAAUGCGCAAAUCGAGACGAAUCGUAACACAGCAUUAACACUCGCAUGCUUUCAAGGGAGACAUGAAGUAGUCAGUCUUCUUCUCGAUCGUAAAGCUAAUGUUGAGCAUCGAGCUAAGACGGGUUUGACUCCUCUAAUGGAAGCUGCUAGUGGCGGAUACGUUGAAGUCGGCCGUGUUCUUCUUACCAAAGGUGCAGAUGUUAACGCAACGCCAGUUCCAUCGUCUCGUGAUACUGCCCUUACUAUUGCUGCUGAUAAAGGACACUGCCGUUUUGUAGAACUUUUACUAGCAAAGGGGACUCAAGUUGAAGUAAAAAAUAAGAAAGGAAAUAGUCCACUGUGGCUAGCUGCAAAUGGUGGCCAUCUUAAUGUUGUGGACAUUUUAUAUCAUGCAGGUGCAGAUAUUGACUCGCAAGAUAAUCGUAAGGUUUCUUGUCUAAUGGCCGCAUUCCGCAAAGGUCACACUAAAGUAGUCAAAUGGAUGGUAAAUUAUGUUACACAAUUUCCAAGCGAUCAAGAGAUGACAAGAUAUAUCGCGACUGUUAGCGACAAGGAACUUCUAGAAAAAUGUCAAGAUUGUGUAAAAUUAAUAAGAGCUGCUAAAGAAACACAGGCUGCUAAAGCAAACAAGAAUGCCACCAUACUGUUGGAAGAACUUGACAUGGAAAAGACGAGAGAAGAAUCGAAAAAAGCGGCUGCCGCGCGAAGACGAGAAAGAAAGAAAAAGAAGAAACAUGAAAAGAAGGAGGAAAAACGUAAGCUUCACGAAGAAUUUAAGAAAAAUGAGACAGCUUUCGAGGAUAAGGAAGAAAACGGAAAGAAAUCGGGUGAUGAGGAAUGCGAUCGAGCGGACGACAGCGAACACGAGGGUGGAGACGAAAGAAUGGAGAACGUUCCAUCUCCCGUAAAUAGAAGUCCGGAAGAUCCAGAUAGAGAAGAGGGCGAUAGUGGAAUAGAUGCAAACAGUCAGGGUAGUUGUAGCAGUAAUGAUGUAAAAGCGAGAGAGAAAAAAAAGGAGAAAAAGAAAAAGAAAAACAAUAGUUCUAAUAACAACGACAAGGAUACGUCCCCACAGCGUUCGUCCAAGACCCUUCUGUCACAAAACACCAAUAUAUCUCAAAAUAUAGCAUCAUCGAUUAAAUCUCAAAGUAACAAUUCAGAAAAACGAAUGAUGACUAACAUUAACAAUACAGCAUCUACAACUUCGGUUACAACUAGAUCAUCCACUACCGUUAGUUCUGAUCGAAAGUUGAAAGGUCAACUAGUUUUUGAAUCCUCUAGGCAUCCUGCUGAUAGAGAAGAUUUUGAAGCAACUGGUAACGAGACUUAUGUUUCUGGUAAAGGAAAAAAAUCUUAUAAUAAUCAAUACGAUGGAGAAGCUUUAAAUACGUCGACAAAAGCAAAUAACACCAGCCCCAAGCAAAGCGGAAAACGCGAGGAAGGAUGGAAGGAAGUUGUACGAAAGGGACAAUCGGAUGAUUCGGGCAGAUUUAUGAACUCACCGUUCCGCUCAAAGAAGGUAUCCGUACCCAUCCAUGCUAUUAGUAGAGUUAUUGGUAGAGGUGGCAGUAAUAUAAAUGCUAUUCGCAUGGCCACCGGUGCACAUAUCGAAGUAGAAAAGCAAAGUAAAUGCCAAGUGGAAAGAUGCAUUACAAUUAAAGGUUCAGCUGAAUCUAUAAAGCAGGCUAAUGCAUUGAUAUCACUACUUAUUAAGGAUCCAGAUGUAGAUAUAAUAUCGAUAACGAAAUCGAAGUCCAAUGUUGUAACAACUUCCGCAUGGGACAAAUCUAUUUCCACCGUUGAGCCAAGUAAAAUGAAAACUGGUGGAUCUAUUAAUAAAUCAUCCAAUUUAACAUCCAGUACAAUUGGUAACCAAGUUAAUAAAUCAGGAUAUCCUUCAAAUGCGAUCUCUAGUUCAUUGGUUCCUAUACGCUCCUCCAUGAAACUUACGGGUGCUUUUUCUACCUCUUUGCCACGUGCGACAGCCCCUAGACUUAUGGCGGCAGCUGAAAAACGUGCACAAGCCGUAGCCGCUCAAAUGGCAUCUUCAUCAAAUACUAAAACAACAAUGUCGUAUACCAGUGCAAUCAUGACAGCUGGUAGAGCAGGGACGAAGAUUGUUACAAGCAACACGACGCAAACAUUCGCGGCGAAAUUAUCCGAGAUCACUGCCUCGACUCACAGUUCUACCACUGUCAUGCAAUCCACUCACACCACACCGGUAAACAAACUACAGAAACCUAUGGCACAAGCUGCGACUAUGACUGUUAUGUCAGCCACGUCUGUGGCGACCGUUCAUAAUACAACCAGCCAGCAACAGCAGCAAUCCGUAGUCAGUACAUCGCCAAAACACUGCCGAUCACUGCCUACUUUAUCCGCUACACCAGUGAUAGCAUCUCACUAUGCUGGCAAGUCGGGUUACCCUCCUGGAACCAUUUCGUCAUCAUCGGCCACAAAUGCUAUGGUGGCGACGAAUUGUCCGGAGAGUUCGGUCGUCUCGACGUCAGCCAAUUCUGUUCGAGUAACACCCUCACCACCAGUUAUAACAUUGCAAGCACAAACAUUACCGCUGCCACCGCCGUCCACGGCGCAACAACAGCAACAACAAUCAUCGCAACAACAAUCGCAGCAGGGUACUCGCAGCACUACACCAGUCGUAAUCCAAGAGCAUCAACAGCAGCAACAACAGCAACAACAACCUAGUAGCACGCCUCUCGAAUAUUCUCUGUUUAACGAUACUUUUACCAAAGUCACGCAACAGUCAAUGUGGGGAGGAAGAGAGAACGAAACUCAAAAGGGUAUGAACUUUGCUACUGUUGCGGGCGGAGGUGUAUCGUCGAACGCGAAUUCCGGGCCAUCUGCGGCUAAGUUUGACAGUUCUCCACCGCAGGUGGACGCGUCCAAAGCUCCGGGGUACCGCGGUACAGCGAUGUGUUCCCCGGUUUCUAGUAAGCCAAGUAAUACGCCGGGCAAUGCAUCGACCAACGUGAUUGGUAGCGUAGUAUCGUGCUCCGUGCAUAAUCCUAUGCAACCUACGCAGUUUCAAUCUUCGACGAGCUAUAGCGAGCACCCGCUACCAAACAAGCCGCCUGGUAGUCUAGCGGUAGCUAGACCAGUGAUGCCUCAGCAGAACAUUGACAUGGGAACAGGUAUGGCGGUACAGUUCAAUAGGCCAGCGGUCUUUCAGGGUGAUUUGACAACGCGGAACGCGACAACCCAUCAGCCAACAACGCACGUGAUACCUUCCACGUCGCAACCAGGAUUGGACGUAGGCCUGUUCAAGGCAGCGAACAGCAGUGGCGGCGGCUAUGAGCAUCCGAACGUAAACUCCAGUCUAUUGAAAAUGGUGCCAAACGAGAGCCAGAGUGCUGGUCAUCCUCUGUUACCGUUUCACCCUCACAUGCAGAGUUUCGCUCAGACUAUCGCGCCGUCCGCCUCUGUGAUUAAUACCACCGUUAGUAUGUCAAGAUUGAAUCCGCGUGCUCCCGAUUUCUCUAGCUCGCUUCAUCUGAGUAAUAAGCCACAAGUGACAAUGUUCAAUGCCGCUGCUGGGUCAGCGGGACUGCAUCCGGCCAAUAUGUUUGCCGCUACUGUACCGGCGCCACCGCCAUCCGCGAUACAAUCUAACAAUCUGGCAAUGCUUGGCAAUUUCCCGUUGGGAAAAUAUCAAGCACCCACGCGGGUAACUCCGACGGCGAAUACCGCCGGUAUCUCGACGACGGCACAGACGACCCGCUGGCCAUUUGCAGCACCGGCACCGCAUACCAACUAUCCGCCGCACCAAGAUCCCAUAAUGAGCCAGAUCAGCUUUUCCAAUCAUCUGGCCAACAUCGGCGGUCAGCCUGGCGGGAGCAUCGAUUUGAUUACGAGCUUAGAGAACGGUGGCUCGCCGGCCAUAUCUCCCUCAUCACCAGCGCAAGUUGCUCAGGAAAUGAAUCAGUUGAAGAUCGAGGAUCGCAAAGUCCCACGACCGAUCGGUACCGAAAGAGCUACGUGGAAGAAUUACUCAGCUGCAGGCAUGGGUCCGGGUGGAGAUGCCGAUUCCAUCAGUUGGAUGCUCAAUGAGAAAGGGCUAGGUUGGCCCACCAAUUGCAAUUUGGCACCUGGUAUCGACAGACAUCAGAUAUAUCGAUCGAAUCCCACUUAUAACCAGCGUAUAUCCAAUGUCGAUCCCGAGCUUCACCAAAUGAUGGAAUCUUCCUUCCAGGGCCAUGUGGAUACCCAACAACCUUUCCCGGCUAACGGAAAUGCCGCGGCAUUGUCACUUAUGCCUGGAUUAGCGUUAUUGCCGGGACAGUUUGGAGCACCUGGCCUCGCAGAAAUCCCCCAAAAUGAGCCAAACAAGAUCGAUCCACCUGCGUGGGGAAUGCCUGAUGCUGUGCAGGAUAAGCAACAUCCAACGUGGACUAAGUGGACUCACUAGAGGAGCCAAUCGUGCUGACACAGCUACACCCUCUGAUGAUGACUACUAUUUCACAUUUCCAAACUCUGAUGAUGAGAAAUUAUAAAAUAGUAAUAGCGAUAGUCUGGAUCAAUUAUUUGUAGGCGCAUAAAUUGUAUUACGAUCUUAUUAUAUUCAUUCAAAUCUGGAUUCUUUUAAUGUUACUUGUUAUAUUAGAAAAUAAGGUGAUAAAUCCUUAAUUAAUCAAGUUAUCGCUAUCACUAAUAUAUCUCCUGAGUUAAUUGCAGAAUGUAAGGAGUAUGCGAGAAUGAAAGAAGAGAGAAAGAAAAGCGGUAUUGAUUAAGGAAAGCAACAUAUAACAUGAUGGAUUAUUAUCUCGAAUUUAUUUUUUCUUUUUUUUUCUUAGCCGUGAUGAUUAGUAUGUUCCGCUAUCAAUUAUUGAUCAGCAGAAACAUGCUAGUUCAUUGAUAAUCAAUAUGAUAUACAUGAUAUUUUUUUUUAUCAUCGGGAAUAAUUUGAAUUCGCAAUAGAACAUCUCGAUACAUAAUCGUCAGAUGCAUCAUAAUGAUCCAGAUAACCCAUGAAAAAUUUACAUUCUGCACCUCCACUUCAGCUUCUUCAUAGCGAUAAAUAAUGUGUGUUUAAAAUCGUGUUGAUGAUUAAUUUGAAUUAUAUCAUUCGAAAUGAAACUUCAGGUUACGAUUGAUUUAAAUUAUGAGUUACAUUGAGGAUAGCUGUGCUCUUUAGCACCUACCGAACGAUAGAUGACGAAAAUUACGUGUUACUAUUUAAAGCGCUGUAAAGAAUACGCUAUAAUCUUACGAGCAUGAUACAAUCGUGUAAAUAAUUGCUUCGCAAAACGGGUGAUUCCGAUUACUUCCAUGCUGCAAAUUAAGACCGAAGAAAAAAAGAAGACCGAAUGAAAAGGAAAAAGAAAGAUAUGGAGGAGAUCUUGGGAACCAUUGGCUACAUCGAACCUGGAUACAUAUUACUCUUCUUCCACUUUUGCACUUACGCUUCAUCACUCUUAAUCCGCGGAUUCUGGUUGUUGCUUCUAAACACUAAACAGAUUCCCAAAACAGAUAUCUAGUAAUUAGAACAAGAAUAAAGAAAAAAAAAAGAAGAGAGCAUUCUUUCGUUAUAGAUCUUCGUUCAUCGAUUAUGUGUAAUCGUAUUUGGAGAGCGUCCAUUGUUUCGUAGAAGAUGGAUUGUAUAGAUCUUUUGUCCAUCAGUAUAUCACAUAUUGAUGAUGUAUUAAAUUGGUCGAAAAUAUGAACAGAAUGAAGACAAUGAGCAACAGUGUUUCAACAUUACACAAAUCAAGAUUUUUUUGUUGCCCAGCCGCUUUAAAAUAAAUAAAUUUGCAUUUUUGUUUCAUAGAUGUAAUUCUUCGUCUUCAGCUAAUUAAUGAUUGCCGUAAAGAACCGUGCUAUUUCAGGCAGAUUAAUCGGACACAGAUUAUCAUGAUCGUAGUGAAUUUUUAUCGAGCUCACACAACACGCAAAACACGAUAGUUAUAUACGUACCGUACACUACGCGUAAAAUGACCAGGUUCUCGAAAUCGAAUAUGUAAGCAUUACAAGAAAUGUCAUGGGAGUCGAAUACACAAUGUACUAAUAAUAUAUAUAUAUACCGAAUCCUAUUCAGAUCAAUGAAUACAGUUCAUUGUUAAAGUGGUAGUGGGCCGCCAACGCAUGAAGAUAUAGCCGUGCGUCCCUAGUGCGACAGUGCUAUUAUAAUAUUAUUGCUGUGGUGGUGUAAUAAUGUUUAUUAUUAUAUUAUGGUUAUUAUUACACGCAAAACGUAACUAUA